ACACCCGGCAUGGCUACAUCUUUUCGUCGCUUGCUGGCUGCCUGAUAAAGAGCAGCGAGAACGGCGCGCUUCCUGUCAUAUCUGUGAUGAGAGAAACAGAGUCCCAAUUACUGCCAGAUGUGGGAGCUAUUGUAACCUGUAAGGUCUCUAGCAUCAAUUCACGCUUUGCCAAAGUACACAUCCUAUAUGUGGGGUCCACGCCACUUAAGAACUCUUUUCGAGGAACUAUCCGCAAGGAAGACGUCCGAGCUACUGAAAAAGACAAGGUUGUUGGUUGAAAUUUAUAAGAGUUUCCGCCCAGGGGACAUUGUCUUGGCCAAAGUGAUCUCCCUAGGUGAUGCGCAGUCCAACUACCUCCUGACCACUGCCGAAAAUGAGCUGGGAGUGGUGGUGGCCCACAGUGAAUCAGGUGUCCAGAUGGUUCCCAUCAGCUGGUGUGAGAUGCAGUGCCCUAAGACCCACACUAAAGAAUUCCGGAAAGUGGCCCGAGUACAGCCUGAAUUCUUACAGACCUAAGAAGCCACACUUUACCCCAUGCAUGGGAGGAAGCUCUUUCCAAGGGUACAUGUGUGAAAGUGACAUCAGGAUGCCGUUGUCUUCAUUCAGGCACCUGGGGCUGGCCAGCAGCCACCUCUAGAAAAAUUUUACUCUGUAGGCAGAACAUUUUUCCUGUGAAUCAUUCAGUGGAUUUCAUUGAGUGAUAAAUUUUCUCUUUUGGAGGCACCAGCAAACCAACUGUAUGAUGGUGGAAAUAGCCUGUUGUUUGUGACAGUCUUAUAAAUAUGUAUUUUUUGCUGUGACAAAGAAAACAUUUUUACGAAAAGAAUUUUAUGGUUUCUGUUAUAUUGAGUAGGGAAAAGAAUCUAAAGAGUCAUGACACUUAGAGAAGGGUCUUGCCUGGUGGCACCGAUUAACAGACAUGUGUUAUGUGCUUUCUUGCUCUAGACAAUGCCUAAUUGCCGAUCUUUUUUGUAUAUUCUGUUGUACAUACUUUUGCGUGAGUACUUGCUAUGUGUCAGGCACUAGGUUAAGUACUUUAUAUACAUUCCCUCAUUUAGAGAGAUUAUGGUUUAGUGAAAAUUAUGGGACACAUGUGGUGAUUCAGGUAGCAUGUGAGUAAUUCUGAAAGUAAUUUGGUAAACAAAGUAUUACUGGUACAGUAGACACUCCAGGAAAUGUUAAAUCUGAAUUGAAAAGAGGGGUACAGAACACUAUCAUGUGAAGUGGCCAGGAAAGGAUUUGUAACAUGAAGUGAAAGGAAUUAAAGAACUAAGAUAAGUGAGGUGAAGAUAUUCAGAGCAGAGAGAGAAGCCCAAGCAAAGUGCAGAAUCAGGAAUGUACACACAAGCUUGAGGACAAGCAAAGGAUGAGGGUUAAGCAUGGCGAGGUUGCAGAGAGAAUGAAAGGAAAGAUGAAUUAUGUCACUUCUUGAGAUGUUAUUAGGGAGCCCAUGUCUUCUCUGUGAAGUGAGAAUUGUUGGGGUAAGCUUUGGAGUCAUCCCACCUGGGUUUGUGUCCUCUAGUUGCCUUAAGCCGGGUUAUACGUUGUUUUGUUUUUUUUAAUUGAAAUUUUUAUUGACAUAAUUUUAAGUAAUAGCAGUUUUAAGAAAUAAUACAGAGAUCCCGUAUGUACUUUUCCCAGUUUCCCCCAGUGGUGACAUUUUGCAAAAUAAUAAUAUGCUGUACUCUAACAAUCAGGAUGUUGAACUGAUACUUGAGCAAAUUAUUUUUAUUUCUUUAAGUCUGUUUUCUCAUCUGGAAUAGUAUGACCUCAUAGGAUUAUUAUGAGGAAGAAAUGUAUAAAAGUGGUUAGUACACACCAAUAUUACUGUUAUAUAUUAUUGUUGUUAUUAUAUAACUGAUUGUCUUCUAUCAGGUAUCUACUAAAUGCCAGGACUUAAUGCUAGAUACUUCAGUGUAGUUUGUAUUGAUAUAAUCAGUCUCCUAUUGAUAGAUAUUUUUAAACUUUUUUUCUUUUACAGACAGUGCUGCAUAGAAAAUCCCUAUACCAUAUAUCUUUGUGCAUGCCUAUGAUUCUUUUGCAAAACAGAUUCCUAGCAGUGUAAUGCUGAGUAAAAGAAUAUGCAUAUUUAAAUUUUUGGUUCGAUUCUCCGUUAUUGCCUUGCAGAAGGAUGCUACCAAUUGAUUUUCUCAACAGUGUUAGCCAUUUUACUUAUGUUAUCUCUGAACUUCACAGUGACCCGGAAAAGUAGCAAUUAUUUCCACAUGUUACAGAUAAGUAAACUAAGGCUUAGAAAAAUUAAUACAUCUCACAGACAUCAAGAGGCAGAACAGUGUUCAAACUCAGAUCUGUUUUACUGUAAAGCCCGGGCCCUUCUGUAGCAUGGUGCCUCAUUUUUCCAAGUAUUGAACAGAAACCUCAGGCAUGAAAUUAGAGGCUCUCCAAAUUGACAUUGGUUAAUUAAUUAUAAGUGCUUGUUGGAUAUCAUUCAUUCAUUAUAUAAAUGUAUUUGAGCAACUCCUCUGCCCACCACUGCUCCAGGAACUAGGGAGUAAAGCAGUGAACAUGAUAGAAUCCUUUCCUUGUGGAGCUUACAUUCUAGUGGGGGGGACCACUGGUGGGAGACAAAUGAAAGUAAACAAAUACGGAAAUGUUAUAAUUUCAAACAGUAAUUUUAAAAAGUGUCAUAAAGAACAUUUGAAACAACUGGGUAAUGGCCUUCUGAUUUGCUGCGAACCAGGUUAGAUUUUCUCACCCUUAACCAUGCAAUAUUUUAUUACAUGUUAGUUGUGUGCCUGUCUUCCCUACUUACCUUAGCUUUUAGGGCAGCAUGCUGUCUUCUCUAUCUUCGAAUCUCCAGUACAUGGUACUGUGAUUAACACGUAGCAAAUGCUCAAUAAAAAUUUUUUAAGUGUACUCAUAGUUGACUGAAUAGCUAUGCCCAAACAGUGAUUGAUAUGUAGUAAUGGUGAUAUUUGCUAAUCCAGAGACAGGGAGAAUAUUCUUUCUGUGCCUUGGAAAAGUGGUUCUCAGCUUGGGUUAGGUGAACUUCAAAAUUGCCUAUAAGUGGUAAAGGGGUAGCAGGGCGAGUGCAGGGAGAAAAAAGACUGCAGGUGCCCUAGCUCUGCUCACGAAUCUCAUGGGUGAACCUGCGGGUGUUUAGGGUUUGUUCAGCUCCACAGGUGAUUCUGAUGUGCUACCCUGGCUAAGAAAGUCUUGGAGGGAUAGUAGUUGUUGGCCUCCUAGCCAUAAUGGUAAAUGAGGCUGGCUUUCUGUUAUUUUCCUGCCCAUAAGGCAGGAGUUCUAGCCAGGAGUCUAACUUGCAAGGAAUGGAGACUGCUGUAAACUCAAGUGAUGUCAGGACAUAGAGCAAUAUUAAUCAAAGCUGAUCCAGCCUGAUUUGGGUGAAGAGCACUUGAUCAAACAAAAUUACCAACUUCUGGUCUAAGAUUCAGUACGAGCUAAGUAAACUAACAUCCCACCAGGCUACUGGAGACUUAAAUUACUAAAGGUCUUCCUAGGAUUAAUGUGUAGAUCAAAUAAAAAACUAAACUUGAAAAGCAAGAUGCUUAAAAGUACUUAAAUUUUAGAAUAAGAAUCUUGAUUUAGUUGCAGUAACAUUCAUCUGGGUUCCAGUACUUAGUAGUGUACCUUCUGGCAAGUUUGUUAUCGUUUUCAGCAUGUUUCCUCUUCUGUAAACUGGGGAUACCAGCCCUUUCAGAGGUUGUCAAGAUUGGAGAUUAUGCAGGUAAUGUGCCUCACCCAAUGGCUAGCAUAGAGGCACUUCAUAAGAGCUUUAUGGAUGGUGUUACUUGCUCCUACUAGAAGAGAAAGGCAUUAUGGGCUUUCUCACGUUCCAGUGAUCUUUUCAAAGCCCUUAGAGAAAAGGUAAAUGUGAGUAGUGCCCCUUCCCUAUUACAUAUAUAAUUAGUCGGCCCUCCCUAUUUAUGGAUGUGAAACCUGUGAAUACGGAGGGCCAACUGUACUACUCAGUUUUAUAUAAGGCACUUUAGCUUCUGUUAAUUUUGGUAUCCACAGGAGUCCUGGAACCAGUCCCCCGCUGCAGAUACCAAGGGAUGACUGUAUAUCCCUUUUCUCCUGCAUGUGUAAUUUUUGAGGAUGUUAAUUAGUUGACUGACAGGGUUAAAAUUUUAGGGGCCAAAAAGAAGGUGUGAAUCAAGUUUAAAAGUUACUAAUAAAAAAAGGAUUGGCUUUUUUAAGUCUAGUAAACAAGCAUUUACCUUACAUUAAAGAGGGCAUAAUAGAGUUUCAGAAUUUGAUUUUCCAGUGUUUGGUAACCAGCACCACUGAGCAAGAGCUGUAGAGAGGCAACAGGAAUACAGAGUUCAGCUCUCCAACACUGAAACCCAGUGAGAUACAUGAUACUUGGACCAGGCUAUGUAAAGUUGUGACUGGUUGUCCUAAAAGCUCUUAAUCUGUCAUACAAGGACUUGGGUAAUGAGAGACAUUUCAAGUUGAAUGUUCGAGUUGAUUUCCUCAAAUAAGACAUACCACACAUGACACAGAAAAUAUUGCACAUCACUCCUUUAUCAUACUGACCUGGAAAAAAGAUUUACUACAGUUAUGCUCAAAUGAGUACUGGGCCUAAGUGGUGGGCCAAGCAACUGGAACAUGAUUCAGAAAUCAGGCACAGUGAAAGACACACUUCGACGUGAUCAAGAGGCAUUCCGUUGCCAUAAAACAAUAAGGUGGGGUAUGGGGGGGAUUCUAAAACACACAGCAGGAUGAACUACACCUUAGAAGUCAAGGACCUUAUCCCAUGACGGUGUAAGGAAUGGCUCAUUUUCUGAUGACCACAUGUGGGAAUAUUUCAACCGCCACUAGAAACCCCAGAAGGGUUUUUUUUUUAAUUUAUUUAUAUAUAUAUAUAUAAAUUUUUCUUUUGUAAAAGUAAAUGCAACACA